AUGGCCGGCAGGAUCCAAGAUCUUGAUGUCCAGCUCGAGGCCCUCUUUUCGAUGGCGGUAGCUCAUAUGGAGUCCCAAGGGGUAAACGUCGAGCCAACUGAGAACACAUCAGCGGCAGGACCAGACAGAAAGCGGAGAAAGCUAUUUCAUGUCUAUCAACAAAUCAAGCAGCUUUUGGGCGAUCUACGUGUACGUGAUGAAGCCGAUCCAACCUUCCCCGAAGACCCAGCCGGGCCGAUUUCCCAACCUGAACCCGUCAGUAGUGGGGAACCCGGAACAAGUGACAGAGGCGAAGACAGAAGUGAAGCCUCGUCUGGCCUGGAUGAUCACCGCCGUGACCCGAACUUUGAGCCUUCUGAAUCCAGUGACGAGACGAGCCAGUUGACCGAUGCUCCCGAAAUGAAUGACUCUGGGGAGAUAUCCGUACAAGACUACGACAGCGACAACGACUACGGUCGUAAAGGCACUCCCGAGGAGAUUGACAACGCGUUGCUCAUUCCGAUCUUGGGGAAAGUGACUGGAUUCUGCCAGAACUGUAACGAGAGGCCUGCCCAGACGGUCUGUUACACCUGCGGUACUGAUCGAUUUUGCGAUUUUGAAUGCUGGGAGUUAUCUCGCGGAAAUAUUUUCAGGCACACAUGUUCCGAUGUUGACCUGCCAUGGCCUGCCUGCGAUUUUAUGCAAGAAAUCGCCCAUGACAGCUUACCAUUGAACAGAGAUCAUUUUGGGUUCUCUAAAUGCCGCUCACUGGACGAGGAAUCGACCUUGCUCGGCCUUUACCGCCACCUUUACCUGUCACAUGGCCUUAACGUAUUUCAACUCCAUCAAUGGUGGGAGUCCAAGCAAUUGUAUAACAGUAUUGUCAAAACCUUCACCAGGCGACCCCAUCGUGCGAAUUACACAUAUGUGUCCUGGUUCAAGAGACGUGGUAACGCUCUAUUCUCUGAAGAAGAAAGAAGUGAAGUACUCAACUUAAAUCUCUUCGAGUAA